AUGAAUUUCCCUUAUUGCACGGCCUACGGCUGUAGAAUAAUUGGAAGUGGAAAACACUGUAUUUCAAAAAUACCACUGCGAGAGCGCGAUGUUCCUUCCGCUCUGCUGGACCGGAAAGACGAGUGCCCGGCUGUUACGUUGGCACGCCUGCGCGGCGGCGGACAAACAGGAUCCUCGUACGUCAGGGCGCGGCGUGAGCUGCUGUCUGCUCUUUCUUGGUUUCCCUCCGCCCUCGUAUUUGCUGCUGGUGAGGGAUAUCUAAGAAAUACAGAGGAUGAAGGAAGAGAUGGAGAUGGAGGAGGAGGAGGAGGAGAGAGAGAAAAGAAGGAGAAGGAGGAGAAAGAGAAGGAAAAGAAGGAGAAGGAGGAGGAUAAAGAGAAGGAGGAGGAUAAAGAGAAGGAGGAGGAUAAAGAGAAGGAGGAGGAUAAAGAGAAGGAGGAGGAUAAAGAGAAGGAGGAGGAUAAAGAGAAGGAGGAGGAUAAAGAGAAGGAGGAGGAUAAAGAGAAGGAGGAGGAUAAAGAAGAGGAGGAGGAUAAAGAAGAGGAGGAGGAUAAAGAAGAGGAGGAGGAUAAAGAAGAGGAGGAGGAGGAGGAUAAAGAGAAGGAGGAGGAUAAAGAAGAGGAGGAGGAGGAGGAUAAAGAAGAGGAGGAGGAGGAGGAGGAUAAAGAGAAGGAGGAGGAUAAAGAAGAGGAGGAGGAGGAGGAGGAGGAUAAAGAGGAGGAGGAUAAAGAGAAGGAGGAGGAUAAAGAGAAGGAGGAGGAUAAAGAGGAGGAGGAGGAGGAGGAGAAAGAGGAGGAGGAGGAGAAGGAGAAGAGAGAAAGAGUAUGGAGAAAGAGUAACAAAACGAGAAAGAGUAGCAAGACGAGAAAGCGUAACAAGACGAGAAAGAGUAGCAAGACGAGAAAGAGUAGCAAGACGAGAAAGAGUAGCAAGACGAGAAAGAGUAGCAAGACGAGAAAGAGUAGCAAGACGAGAAAGAGUAGCAAGACGAGAAAGAGUAGCAAGACGAGAAAGAGUAGCAAGACGAGAAAGAGUAGCAAGACGAGAAAGAGUAGCAAGACGAGAAAGAGUAGCAAGACGAGAAAGAGUAGCAAGACGAGAAAGAGUAGCAAGACGAGAAAGAGUAGCAAGACGAGAAAGAGUAGCAAGACGAGAAAGAGUAGCAAGACGAGAAAGAGUAGCAAGACGAGAAAGAGUAGCAAGACGAGAAAGAGUAGCAAGACGAGAAAGAGUAGCAAGACGAGAAAGAGUAGCAAGACGAGAAAGAGUAGCAAGACGAGAAAGAGUAGCAAGACGAGAAAGAGUAGCAAGACGAGAAAGAGUAGCAAGACGAGAAAGAGUAGCAAGACGAGAAAGAGUAGCAAGACGAGAAAGAGUAGCAAGACGAGAAAGAGUAGCAAGACGAGAAAGAGUAGCAAGACGAGAAAGAGUAGCAAGACGAGAAAGAGUAGCAAGACGAGAAAGAGAAGGGAGAAGGAGAAAGAGGAGGAGGAGGAGGAGAAAGAGAAGGAGGAAGAGGAGAAAGAGAAGGAGGAAGAGGAGGAGGAGGAGAAAGAGAAGGAGGAGGAGGAGGAGGAGGAGGAGGAAGAGGAAAUGUAUUAUAAUAAUAAUGAUGAUGAUGAUGAGGAGGAGGAGGAGAAGGAAACAGCUGAGUUGUUUUACCCACUGCAUCAGUUAUUUCUAUCACACACAUGGUGA